UUUCAACCAUUCUUCUUGUCGUCCAUCACACCAUGACCGAGGAUCUAUUUGUCGAUAUUUUAGAAGGAAUAUGUAAAUCCGCCAUACUAUGUGGAUCAUUAUACGAAUUCAAGGAACGAUGCCGUGUAUCCGAAUUGACUCGCUCGGAAGCAACGAAACUCAAGCACUUGAAUCCUCAGGUCCUGAAAGAACUAGAUCAGCAAGUCAAUUCACUACGAGAUGAUAUUACCCGUCUACAAAUCCAGUACCAACAACAAGUCCAAAAAGUUGGCAUGCAGUUUUCGCAAGCUGUUCAUACGAUGGUAUCCAAAGCGUCGAUGCAACCUAGUAAAGAUAAAAUGGAUCGGGAAGUACAGAGUCUUCGAGAUACGAUUAAAGGCAUGCGAGAGAAAAUAAAAACAAACCAGCUUGACUUGACCCGCCUCGAAAAACGCAUGGACGACCUAGUCCACGAAACCCAAUCCCGAACCACAAUGCUAAAUUCCCUCACAGACCAACUCGUCCACCACCGCGAAAAAGACACACAAAACAUUAAAGAAUGGAUGAGCAAAAAACUAGACGACAUUACAAGUACUUCCAUUACACCCCUCCAAAAACGUUUAAACCACCUCGCGCGCUCGAUGGACCAUCUCGACCAAGACUCCAAAUCCGAUCCAAAACCAGAUUCUUCAACAUUAUUAAAAGGAGCUCAACCUCUCCCGAUAGGUCUCCCCGGCCUCCCACUCAUCGAAACCGAACGCCGUAUCGCGAGAUUACAAGCCAAAGCCCAAGAAACAAGUAAAAAAAUCUCGGCAUUGGAUAAACCCUCUGAUGAAUUUAAAUCGGAAAUGGGACAAUUGAAAAAGGAUGUUUCGAUGCUUUCUGAUCAUGUUGUGGAGUUGCAGGGGGUUGCGGAGGGUGUCAAGGAUUUGCCACCCAAACUCGAGACAUCUUUUCGUAUCAUUGCAACAAAACUCGAAUCCAUCACAACCGAAAUGUCAACACUCCGAUCCUACGUCACCAGCACAAUCCCAAAAACCGUUCCAACAAUACCAUCACCCACGUCACAAAAUGAUUUAUCAAGUUAUUUGGAAGUGGCUGUUCGGAAUGCUUUGAAUGAUUUGAUGGUAUCUUGGGAAACCAACAUGAAACAAGGGUUGAAUGAAAUUGGAGAAAUUUAUGAACGGAAAUGUGUGGGGAUGUUGGAGGGGUUACGUAGGGAUGUGCAAGAACUACGGGAAAUGGUUUUGGAGAGGCAUGUGGAUGGGGUGUCGAGAUUCGUUUAAACUUGAGUAUAUAUACAUGGCGUUGAUUGCAAUAAACUCGUCGAGUUUUGCAAGUGCUUUAUUGGGGGAUAUGUUUCUAUCAUGCAACCCCAUACAAAAAACAAUAAUCAAAAAAGAAAUAACGC